AUGUCCAAAUUUUUCCACCAUAGAAUAGAUGACUCUUGCCAAAAAAGAGAGUUUACACUAGACAGGCCACGCAUAUCACUAGGCUUUCUGCAGAAGAGGACCGACUGUACAGGCUCGAGUUGCAAGGUGGCUCAGAACUCGUCUUCUAAUGUCACUGUUGCUGUUGCUGUGGCGGUUCCCAUUGGUACCAUUCUUAUGCUACUGUCCAUAAUUUUAAUAGUAGUUUACAGAAGAAGCAAAAAGAGCUCUUUGGUGCAGGGCGAUUUAUACUAUUUGCCGAAAAUGGAUUCUUCUGUGAACUCCACUAACUCAGAGGGAAAUUCUACAGAGAAGAAGUUCAUUUAUGGUUCUUAUGACGACUUCUUGCAUCCAUCGAUGAACUGCUCGCAAUCUUUUAGAGAUUAUGUGAAGAGAAUUGAUGAGCAGGUGCCCUCGACUUAUAACAUUGCCUCACUGGCUUCACAGAAUAACAGCAAAGUGACCUUUCUUUCCAAACACAUCGAUGCUUCAAAUAAAAUUUCCACCAGACCAAUGAUAGAUUUUGAAACCACAGUUUCAUCAUCACGCUCAAUCAUUGAAAAUGACUGUAAUCAGCGAGAAAGUGGCGUAUUGAGUUUAGGUACAAAAAAUAUGUCCAAGUAUAAUAGCGCUAACCGACCUGGCUUACAUCAUACAAAACACGGUGAAUUUGAGACCCAGUUUUCUAAGGAGGAGGAAGAAAGUAUUGACAGAAUAAGAAGCAUUUAUAAUAUCUACUUUGAAAAAAGUAACAGUACAAUACGUUCCUCUGCACCUUCUUCACUACGGGGUGAACCUAAACUAGAUGUUCCUGCAAGAAAAAGUAUCGAUAUAAAUUCUCAAGACAACCUAAACGAUAGUAUAUUAGCUGAGAAGAGUCGCUUCAGAGGUUUAGAUGCAGAAGAAAUCGAUUCGAAUUCCACACUCAGUAAUAAAUAUGAGGAUGCAACUGAAUAUCUGCAACUGCCGGCACCGCAAAAGACCAAACACGUUCCGUCCUCAGUAUAUUCUGAAAUACCUUUCAGAGACAAGAUGAUCUCUGAACAAUCCUUACCUCUUACAAUUUCGCCUCCUAAUGCUACUUCUACAAGAAUUGCUUCUUCGAUCUAUUCAGACGUAGCCGCGAAGAGCCAACUUUAUUCUCCAAGAGUCCCUAUACAAAUGCCCACAAAGAUUUUGGGCCAACCAACUUCUAAUUUUGCACAACAGCAUCCUUUGUAUCUUUCGAAUUGCUAUAACGAAACAAAUGACAACUACUACUACCAUAUUUAUAAUCCAUCAUCACUAGAACAUCCUCAGAAUUAUGAGAAUAUUGGAGAAUUGCCUACGCCAACUCAAUUAGUAUUUUCAGCCUCUUCGCACUCACUAACGUCGUUUAAAGGAAGGCCUAAACCUCCAAAAUCUUUAAAGCAUGUACCCGCAGCGAGGCUCAAUGGGACAGCGGUAAAUCCAAUGGACCAUCCAGAAAUGUUUUAUAGCUCACCUACAAAAGUGACAUCAGCGAUACCUUUUAUAAAACAACCUUGUGUACCUCUUCCGUACCAGCUAAGGAAAAGUGUAGUUAUGACAGACCCAUCCAAUCUUUCUAUGAAAACUCGCUAUAGACCCGCAGGAUCUUUAAGCACUUUAGUAAGGGCUCAGCACCUCCCCGGUAGCUCAUCCACCACCACAACAUCAUCUCCCCUAUCGCGGCGACCAACAACGCAACAAAACGUAAUUAACGUUCGUGUCAGUGGGUUAUUAGAUGACAGUGAUGUUUUUCAACCUCCCAGUGUGGGCCAGAUCUUACCUUUUAGCGCUUCUGUAGACGAUCUAAGAAAGCAAUUGGGUGCAUCCCAUGAUUAUGAAAUAAUAUCGUAA